AUGGGCAAGCGAAAACACAUUAAAACUGGAGCUGGAGACUUGAUAAAAGCUCCAGGUGGUUUGGCAGAUCAAAUUGAAGUCAAUACCUUUGCUCAGAACCGUGCCAAACCUCGAGGUAUCUUGAAGAAGACCAAAGGAGAAUCAGAAGUGAGUUUAGCUGGUUUUUAUAUUGUUUUAGGUACUAUAUUCAUUAUAAUUGAAAAACAUGUUAUUUACUGAAUUUUUACAGCCUAAGUUGAGGAUAAAAAACUCUUGAGUGAUAUUAAGGUGUAUUUUUGUUAAUUCUGCCAAUUUCAGUUUGUUCCCGAUGGUUUAAGUUCAAAGAUUUUGCGCGAAGCUUCUCGCCAGUUGGCUGCUGAAGAAUCGACCAAAGCCAAGAAGACUGAACCUAAAAUCUUAUUGGCACAAGAUGUAUAGUAAGUUAAUUGUCUUCUUAUUGUUAUGCUUUUAGUUCUCAACUUCAAACACGCCAAUCUGCGAGAAAAGACGACGAUUCAUCAGACGAGGAAGAAGAUUUGCUUGAUGAUGAAGAAUUUCCUCCUCUUAACAGCGAGUAAGUUAGUUUUUUGUUAUAAAGUUGUUAACGGUAGCAAGAAUAUUUCUGCGCAUCUUUUGAAUACAUAUUUGCAGUAUUUUUAUUACAAUAACACAAGUUUAGAUCAAUUUACCUUAUACUACCUUCAAUUUUAGAGAAACUCAAGAACUGCCGGAAUUUUUGCAUGGAGAAGAAAGAAAUCUAGCUGAUUUCGGAUCGACAGUUCUUCAGAAUGCUGAUUUGAAGAAGCUUCAGUUUGAGAGAGAGUUCAAUACAGCUGCUGCUGAUCCUACAGCUGGUUUGUCGGAGAACGUGGUCAAUAUGUACAAGGAAAUUGGUCAAUACAUGCACUAUUAUCGUUCUGGCAAGAUUCCAAAGGCUUUCAAGUCAAUUCCGGCUUUGAAGAACUGGGAGCAGAUCUUGGAGUAGGUUUAUAUUGUAUGUUUAGGUAUUUGUUUUAGUUUUUGGAGGUUUAUAUUAUGUUUUAAGAGUUAAAAGUUGUUUUAAAUGUUAAAAAAGCUAUUUUAAAAAUCUUAUUUGGUGUAGAUUGGUUUUAUUAUUGAUAAUUUUAGAAUAACACAGCCCGAAAAGUACACGGCAGCUGCUCUUCUCCAUGCUACAAGGUUAUUUGCUGCCAAUGCUUCUCCCAAAGCUUGUGAACGGUAUGUUUUAUAAAUUUCUUUUCUGUUUUUAGGUAGGUAAAUUGUAAAAUGGAAUGGAUCUUUUAUGUUAAUUUUGUCUUUUCCAGCUUUACAACUUAAAUAUUUCAGCUUUUAUCGCUACUACCUCCUCCCACGUGUACUAGACGACAUUCUAGAGUACCGCAAACUCAAUGUUCAUCUCUACACAGCCAUCAAAAAGGCCAUUUACAAGCCAACAGCCUUCGUCAAGGGUCUCCUCUUGCCAAUGUGUGAUCCAGACAUGAUAUCCAUGAAUGUAGCUCACGUCAUGAAGGCCAUAGUAAGAUCCACGUCACUGCCCGUAUUCCACGCAGCCACUGCCAUUAUUAAGUUGGCCCAACAACGACCAAUGAGCUCACCAGUCUCGUAUAUCUUGACCGGAUUCAUCCAGAAGAGAUACACCUUGCCAUCAAUGUGUAUCGACAGUCUAAUCGACUACUUCUGCUCAUACGACGACAGUGAAGAGCGUAUGCCAUUGUCGUUGCAUUCGGCUGUACAUGAGUUUGUUAAGACCUACAAGUUGGAGUUGAACAAUGAACAAAAACAGAAGUUGCUUCAGCUUUUGAAUGUAAGUAUAGGUGGUAAAUGGUGGUUGAUAAAAAAUGGCAAGAACUUUCUUUACAAAGCUGAAAAUGGCAAGAACUUUCUUUACAAAACAAAAAAUGGCAAGAACUUUCUUUACAACACAAAAAAUGGCAAGAACUUUCUUUACAACACAAAAAAUGGCAAUAACUUUCCUUUCAGCAUUUAAAAUUUAAAAAAAAUAAAAAUUUUUUUUCAGGAGUACGGUAACAAAAUGGCCCGGAAAGAUACGAUAAACGAGCUGAAUGGCGUCAUGACCGAAGAUGUCGAGAUGGAAGUUGUUUGA